AACGGCCAUUUUGAGGAAGCAGAACACUGGGGAGGAGGAUGGUAAAUUGCUCCAUCUGAGAAUAACUCUGGGGAAUAAUAACUCAGGUGUGAACAGCCAGGGAAGCACCAGCAUGGAUCGUAUCUAACACUGCUCCUGCCCACGUGUUGCUUCUGGGAGCCUACUGUCAGCAAGAAAAAUCAAUUUACUCUUUGUUCUGUGUUACUCACGGCUCCCGUACUGAGGAAACACUUCCACACCUUUGGCAGAGAGCCAGAGAUUUUCUCCCCAGUCCUGCUGCUCUACAGAGGCCACAUCACCUCAGCAGCCCCACGGUCUGCUCUGCAUGCCCACCCCCCCAGAAACAGGCACAAACCCACUUGGCCUUCCUUCAAAAUUUCAGCCACAGCAGAAUGUUUAAAAAACUCACCAAAUCAAUCGUAAAUCAAAUGGAUCAAUACAAAGAAUUGGAUCCUGUGGAGAGCAUCAUACACAAUGAGCACUUCAGGCCUCUCUGUCUACUGACAAAAAAAAGCAAACCAAAACGCAUAUUCCACCGAGCUCCCUACUACCAGAGGACAGGCUUCACACUGGAUGAUGUGCUGCUGCCUGGAGAAGAUGGUAAAAGCAAAGAGACCCUCCAUCAAGAAUCCAGCCAAUUUACUCUCACAAAAGUCAGCGCUGACCAAGUUGAUGGAGGUCUCAGCAUUUCUUUUGACCCUGCAAGUGUAGAGCUGAAAGGAGGUGCAUCCUUGUCCAAAGAGUUUUCCAUUACGCCACAGAAGAAGAGCAUAUCACUGCAAUCACUGGAGGCACUGAGAAGAGAAAGGAAAAUCAACAUGGAUCAUUCCUUCAUCCAACAGCUCCGGAGAACAGACAUCAAGCUGUACGUGGUCACUGAAAUCCUUGAAGCCUCAGAGGAGGCUGUCUACAAGAAAUCCACCAAGGCAGACGGGGGGUUCAUGGCCAAAUUUUAUGCCACAGUCUGUGCAAAGAGCACCAGAGAGACUAACCAAGACCUAGUCAUACCCAAGGGCUGCACGCUGGCCUUCAGGACCAUCCCGCUACACAUUGAAGAUGGAGCAUGGAAUCUGGAUUAUUUCCAAGGGGAAGGUCUAAAACUUCAAGGUCUUGUAGCUGUGAGAGGGCAAUCUUGUGUAGCUGAUGGUCCCCUGUCAGACACAAAAGAUUUAGAAUUCAAAACGGAAGAAGUUGAAAUCCAGUUUGAAUUAGAAUUCGAACUGGAAGAAGUUGAAAUCCACUGUCAAAUCUUCUCUGAGUUGUCUCCUGACCUGCUGCUCAUCAUCCUAAACACCAUCAAAGCUGUGAUGAGAGACAAGAACCUCCUUCAAGAGCUCAGCCAGAAAAUGGAAGAAGUUGCUGAGCAAAAUGAUGGUUAUGAGCUGAAUACUGAGAGCCCAGACUUAAAAGACCUGUUCAACAUCUUACAGCAUUCCCCAAGAGAUCGUCUCCUUCAGCUGGCAGAAGGAAUCACCUACGUCCUGGAUGCUUUGCAUGAGUUAACGGAGGAUCAGCUGGAGCUGCUGCUGGAAUCCUUGGAAAGAAAGAUUGUGUCCCAACAGCUGAACCUGGUUGAAGACCUACUGACACAUGACCUGGAGUAUCGGAUGCAGCAUUUCCAUGUGGAUCCUGGACUGCUCUCCUUCCCACACAAGGAGGAACAGAUGUUAACCAUUGCCCUGGUGGAGCUGAGUGGAGUGCAGCUCCAGGAGGAUGGAUCAGCUGUCCCUAGGGAUCAACCCUUCGAGGCUGUAGCAGCCCUGUUUGCAGCCCUGUAUGUCCUCAAACUCCUGAGUGGUUCCAAGUAGGAUAUACCUGCCCCUCCACAAGAUGUUGGCGAAUCUCUGCUGACAAGACAAUUUUUCUCUCCCAAUAUCACUCUAGUUAAUGCUCAAGGCUGCUUUGGCUGGCAAAAGCAAAUUUAAGGCAGAAAAAUUCAUUAUGGAUGCUUAAGGCAGGAUAUCAAAGUGGAUUUGUCUGUCUGUCUCCCCAAGAAUACUGAGGGAAAACAGGAAAAUCCACAAGCCCAAAGAAUCACAGGCCUGGCACCAGUGAUUCAUGUAAUCCUGCUUCCCUCAAAAUUAUGCUGCUGCUUCUGCAAUCACUGAAAGGGAAGGGCAAAGGAAAUGGAAAGGGGAUGGGAAUGGAAAGGGGAAGGGGAGAUGCAAGGGAGAAGGGAAAGAACAUACAAGGGCAAAAAUGAAAUGCAAAGGAAAAGGAAGGAAAUGAAAAGAAAACAAAAGCCAAAGGAAAACAUCAGCACUGAUUCACCCUGGUCUCUCUCUGGUUCAGCGGGGGCUCCAUUCACUACUGGCUGUAGGAAGGUGGGGAAAUCCCAAAGGUUUCACUCUCACCUCUCUGAUCCCAUCUCCCCAAGAUGCUCAAGAGACUUGGGCAGCACUUCAGAGAGAUGCCACAAAUAUUCCCAUUAUCACUUUAUAAAUAAAGAGCAGCUUCUUGCUAAGCAA